CGUACGGCAACGAAGAUGAUGAAGCUCUUGGUGUUGGCCAUCUCGGCCUUUUGCCUCACCCAGGCAAUGGCAGUGGAGACUCACACUGCUGACAUAAACUUUCUCCACAAGCAGAAGGAAAUCUACGACCUUUUCAUGUACGUCGAACAGACUGAUCUUCGUGGAGCCGAUUGGUACGAAACCGGCCGCAAUUACGACAUUAUCCAACACAUCGAGGACUACCAAGACAAGGAGAUCGUCCGCGAAUUCAUGUACAGAUUCAAGUUGGGUAUGCUCAGCCGCAAAUCCCUCUUCUCGGUCUACUACAAGGAACACCGUGAAGAACUUCGCGCCCUUUUCAAGCUCUUCUACACCGCUAAGGACUUUGAAACCUUCUACAAGACUGCCUGUUGGUGCCGCCACUACAUCAACCACGGAAUGUUCGUCACCGCUCUUACAACCGCUGUUAUGUACCGUCCCGACUGCAAAUACAUCGUAUUGCCACCUAUGUACGAAGUCUACCCACACCUCUUCUUCGACAACGAAUUCAUCCAGGAAGCACACCGUUACUACAUGAGCUACAAAAAAAGAACAGGCAUGAAGAAAACCAGCGGUGAAGAUCUCUUCUUGGACUACUCCUUGAUCGACAGAAACGCAACCAGCCAAUUCAUGAAAUGGUACAUGGACAAAGAAUACCACCUGUCAUACUUCACCGACGAUGUAGGCCUUAACAACUACUACUACUACCUCCGCAACCUCUUCCCCUUUUGGAUCAACCGGAGCGACGUGGACAUGCCAAAACACAUCCGUGGAGAACUCUACUACUACCUCCACCAACAGCUCAUGGCCCACUACUACUUGGAACGUCUGAGCAACGGUAUGGGUGAGAUCGAAGACUUCGACUUCUACCAGUCCUUCACCCCCGGCUACUUCUCCAACCUGGUCUACGGAAACGGAGUCUCAAUGCCCAGUCGCGACCACCACAGUCAAAUUCCCUCCUACAAAUACAAAUACGUAAACGAAAUCGAGAACAUUGAGUCCCGCAUCUUGGCCGCUAUCGACAGCGGAUUUAUCUACGACCACGAAGGCAAGCAAUACGGUCUCUACACCCCAGAGGGCUUCAACUACCUCGGCAACUUAAUCGAAGGCAACUACGACUCCUGCAACACUCGCUUCUACGGCGCUAUCGACGCUCUCUACCGUGACAUCUUCAGCUUCAACUACGACUGCAAGCACAAGAACUGCUUCAUCCCCAGCGCUCUCCAAGUCCACAGCACCAGUCUCCGCGACCCGGCCUUCUACCGCCUCUACAAGAGAAUCCUCAGCUACUUCUUCAGAUACAAAUGCCACCUCCCAUCCUACACCCGCUCAGAGCUCGAAUUCCCAGGCAUCAAGAUUGAAGACGUCAAGGUUGACAAACUUGUCACCUUCAUGGAACCCUACGAAUACUUCAUCAACAACGCUGUCACUGUUGACACCUUCAAGGAUGGCAUGAGCUUCACCAUCAAGGUCAAGAAGUACCGUCUCAACUACAAACCCUUCACCUACCACAUUGAUGUUAAGAGCGACAAGAACAUCAAAGGUGUAGUUCGCAUCUUUUUGGGACCAUCCAUGGACAACGACUACUUCAAGGACCCAAACUACAUGUACCACAACUGGUACAACUUCGUUGGGUUUGAUAAAUUCUACUUUGACUUCAAGGUUGGCAUGAACACAAUCAAACACCACAGCAACGACUCAAUGUUCACUGUCAACGACUUCAUGGGAUCCGACUACUUCUACAAGAAAUUGUACAAAUCAAUUGAAGGAAGCGAACCAUUCACCUACCACGACAAGGGCUACAAAUUCCCUAAUAACUUGUACCUUCCUAGGGGAGCCGUCGGCGGUAUGCCAUUCAAACUGUACGUGUUCAUCUAUCCAUUCAACGAGAGCAAGACCACCUUCUUCGACCUCCCGAUGUUCGGCAAGAUGAUGUACGACGGCAAGCCAUUUGGAUUCCCAUUGGACAGACCAAUGAAGCCAUGGUUCUUCGAUCUCAACAACAUGUUCUUCAAGGACGUCUACAUCCACUACGACAAGAAUUACAGCGACUACCACUAAUACCACAAUAUCUUA